CGGUUGACACGUCGCACACUAGCGUGCCCAGCCUUUAGUCCCUCUGGGCAAGCGCGAGUAGCGGGCGAAGGUUCUGGUUUCUGCCUGCACGCACGUAACCAGGAAACGAGGGCGCUGUAAGCAGCCGUUCGCCUUACAGCCUGGGGAGCCGCCGUCCGCGGUGUGGGCGCCCCGUCCGCACCUGCCCAGCUUGGAAGGAAUCGGGUUUCCUCCUUCCUCACGUUCGCAAGCGCCCGGCUCGCCUGGCCUGUCUCGGAGGCCUGGGGAAUUUAGGAUGGGGGAACGAGAAGCUGAGGCGUUGGAGCGCCGGUUAACGUGACGCUAAAAGGAUAAUCCCAAACCAAAUGAGGCCUUUCGGGUUCAACAUGAUGCAGUGUGCACUGGGAACUGCUGUGAAAUCGGCAUCGCUCCCGGGACAGGAAUACACAUUGUGGAAACAGGAUGAACUUGACCAGUGAAAAGUUACCCAAGAACCCCUUCUAUCCUAGUAUAUCCCAGUAUGCUGCUAAGCACCCCAAAAUCUUCCAAUGGAAACAAGAAAAGACGGAUCAUUACAGCCACGCUAGUUUGGUGGAUAAGGCAUUGCAGCUCUUAAAGGACAGAAUAAGAAGAGGGGACACUCUGGCAUAUUUCCUACGAGGCCAACUAUAUUUUGAAGAGGGAUGGUAUGAAGAAGCAUUAGUACAGUUUGAAGAGAUCAAGGAGAAGGAUCAUCAAGCAAUUUACCAGCUAGGAGUAAUGUAUUAUGAUGGGCUGGGGACCACCGCAGACUCUGAAAAAGGAGUGGAGUGUAUGAAGAAAAUUCUUGAUUCUCCAUGUCCCAAAGCAAGACACUUACAAUUUGCAGCUGCUUACAACCUCGGACGAGCUUAUUAUGAAGGAAAAGGUGUUAAACGGUCAGAUGAGGAAGCAGAAAGACUGUGGCUUUUUGCUGCAGAUAAUGGAAAUCCGAAAGCUAGUGUGAAGGCUCAAAGUAUCCUAGGAUUGUAUUAUUCAACAAAGGAACCUAAAGAGUUCGAAAAGGCAUUUUAUUGGCAUUCAGAAGCCACUGGCAAUGGGAACUUGGAGUCCCAGGGUGCACUUGGCCUCAUGUACUUUUACGGGCAAGGCGUCCACCAGGAUACCGACACAGCCCUGCACUGCUUACGGGAAGCCGCGGAACGUGGAAACGUCUACGCCCAAGGGAACCUCGUGGAGUAUUACUACAAGAUGAAGUUUUUUACCAAGUGUGUUGCAUUUUCCAAAAGGAUUGCGGACUAUGAUGAGGUUCACGACAUCCCCAUGAUAGCCCAGAUCACUGACUGCCUGCCGGAGUUCAUCACCCGAGGCAUAGCCAUGGCGUCUUUCUACCACGCGCGAUGCCUACAGCUUGGCUUGGGCAUCACAAAGGACGAAGCCACGGCCAAACACUAUUACUCAAAAGCUUGUCGUCUGAAUCCUGUGUUGGCAGAUGAACUUCACCGCUUACUUAUUCGUCAGAGAAUUUAGACCACAGUGCAUCUCCACAAAAGAACAUCAACUCUAACACAAUACAAUGACAAUUACCCAGGCCUCACCUGGAAUGUUUUCAAGUAGCUUUUGCCGCGCUCUCAGUUUAGUUUCCUGACUUUGCUCUUCACUUCUGAUUGUGGGUGGUGGUGCCAAU